AUGGUUAACCUUGAGUAUAAGCUGCAGCUCCGUGCUGGCAUUGAUGCACGGAGAGCGGAACAGGCUCGGAAAAGGGAAUUACUUGAAUUCCAAAGGAGUAACCCAGACACUAAGCCACCGAGGGAACUACUCCAAGUAACCAUCGACCCUGGGAUUAAGCGUAAGAGACAGGAAGAAGAGGAGGAAGAUGAGAUGGAGUUGCAGCGACAACUAGCAGCUAAAGAAGGCAGUUUUGUCGCCGCCCUCCUACCCCUAGCCACGCUAAGAUUCCGUACCAAGCCCGUCGCCGUGGACUCCUCAACUCUCUCCAAGCUCCCUCCAGAGCUUCUCCUGCGCAUCGCCUCCUACCCCCCCCCCGCCUCCGCAGGCGCAUUCUCCCUAUGCAGCAAGAGGCUAUACGCCCUCCUCGCGAUCCCCUACUUGAAAUGCCUGCAUGGCCAUCCCCCCUUCAGCACAGCUGAGUUCCUUAGGCUCCUCGAGCCUGACUUACCAGACCAUAUCGUUUGCUACUAUUGUGAGAAGCUGCAUAAGAUUAAGCGCUUGGAGCGGCAUAUCAAGUUUACCAAGCGGUGCGAUAUCCCAGUCAACGAAGCGAUGCGGUCAUACAUCCAUCCCCGCUUCAGCUAUGUUAUUUUUCAAAUGGCUAUGAAGCGCCACCGCCAAGGCCUCGACUACUCCUCCCCCCUAAAGCUACUCUCAUACAACGAAUGGAGCUGGAUUGGACCUGACGAAAUCAAGACCUCAUUCCGCAUUGUCGACGGCUCCCUCCUCCUCCGUCAACAACACAUCCUCCUUGUUCACCCCAACAACGACCAGAUGUUUACCAACACAAAGAUCAUGAUCUGCCCGCACAUCAAGCAGCUCCGCGGCACGAUCAACUGCCAAUCCAGUGGCAUGGGGAGGUACAACAUGGUCUAUACCCCUGGCAGCAUAGAGAUAGACCACACGCCUACCGCGGUCGAGUGUGACUGCUGUGCCCACCAGGGGAAGAAGGACGAGGGGAACUGGUCCGGGCUGGUACGAUGCCGCGACUGCGCGACCGAGUUCCGCGUCGAUACGUUGGGGAUAGGGCAAUCUGGUAAGGCGUAUGUGGUGACGCGGUGGAAGGAUCUAGGGGAGGGCAGGGACGCGAAUGAUUCGGUGUGGUGCGCGCAUAUGGGUGAGAAGGGGUUACUGGGGGGUGCGGGGAGGGAGGCAGCGGGGAGGUCCAUUUGUGUGAGGUUUGAAGGAGAGGGGUGGCGGGGUGGGCUGGAGUCGCUGGUGAUGCCGAGGGAGAUGAAGCGCUAG